AGAAAGAGCGUCGCGCUCGCGUGUAUCCUUAUAGCGCCGAACCAACCGUUCAUUCGCACGCACGGGCUUGCAAAGCUCUACACCCUCGACCCGCAGAUUGCGUUUUUUUUUUUUUUUUUUUGUUACAAUCGAGCACGCAUAGUAGUGCGCCCGUCACCGGUAUGUCCGACGUCAGGAUCAACAUUCACGCGACCGAUCAGUUUGCCGGCCACGAGCUUGCGCCCGGCUUCAAUGCCUACAGGCCGAGCGCCGCAACACUGGCCGAACAGACAACGGGCGACAGAACCUGGCACAUCCCGAGACCUUCCCUGCUCGGUAGGAGCGCCGGCAGCGAGGUCGACGGCACGUGGAAACGACCCGAGCAGCUGGACGUGCCUUCCCGGGGCUCGACCUCCUCCCAGGGCUCCAACGCCAGUACUCACAGCGCGGCCUCGGGCACGUUGUUGCUGACCGCGGCGAACUUGGCCAACCUGGCGGCGUUGCAUCCGCCCCGGAUAACCGCACCGAAGCAGCUUGAUACAGCCUCCGUCGCGAGCAGUACCCACUUCACUAUGGUGAACGGCCUCAGCCGGCCAAACAGUGGCUACCGCAAGUCCUGGUGCGCCCGCAACCAGCUCACCGUUCUCGUGUGCACGAUGAGCUUCCUCUUCAUGAUCGGGCUUCUUGCUGGUGUCAUCUACAUGGACAUGAGAGUCAAGAGUAGGUCCUCCUACAACUGAGCCCGAGGACAACGCGUCGGACGCCCAGUUCGUUCUCUCGUCGCUAUAUGCCGAGCGAGUCCGGAGAAUUCCAAGCAAUCUGAGCAGUAUUUUUAUACGUAAUGGCGAACGGUGCACGCCCGAGUACAGUAUGACGGGUCCAGAGGACUUUAUACUCGGGCUUCGUGCAUGUAGCGCUCGCGUGUUUAUAAUUUACGUUGAUAGCUGAAAAUUCCAUAUAGUUAAACUAAUUCUCAUUGCUCUCUUGUAUGCGUUAAUUAAUUGUGCGGAGUCUCUACGACACGCGAGUUGGAGUUUAUCUACUUUUUUUUUCUUCUUUUCUUUUCGUGCCACGUGGAUUUCUCAAAUCGGAGAUGCACAAACGAUUUUUCGGGUAUUUUCGAUUCGACGGACACCACGUUUAUUGGCGCAUCACAGUCACUCGGCAUCGAAAUGUGUUGAAACGUAUAUUAAUGUCCACUUGUUUUUCUGUUCAUCCGAAAAAACAAUGUGGAUUUGAGCGAUUUAUCAUUAUUGUUAUUCAUCUUAAACUUUCGUAUCUGUGAUAUUAUUAUUUAUGUAUUAGUCAAUUGAUUAUUUUUACUGUAACUAUUGUA